GGCGGCCGCCGGGCACUUCCGCUCUCCGCGCAGGCGCGACAGCUCGGCCGGAGAACGGCGCGGGCCGGGAGGGGAGUGGACGCUGCUGGCGAGGAUGGUGCUGGAGAGCGUGGCCCGCAUCGUGAAGGUGCAGCUCCCGGCGUAUCUAAAGCGGCUUCCUGUCCCCGAGAGCAUUACCGGGUUCGCCCGGCUCACAGUUGCAGAAUGGCUUCGGUUACUGCCUUUCCUCGGUGUACUUGCACUACUUGGCUACCUUGCAAUUCGUCCAUUCCUCCCGAAGAAAAAACAACAGAAGGAUAGCUUGAUUAAUCUUAAAAUACAAAAGGAAAAUCCCAAAGUGGUGAAUGAAAUAAACAUUGAAGAUCUGUGUCUCACCAAAGCAGCUUACUGUAGGUGUUGGCGUUCUAAGACGUUUCCUGCCUGUGAUGGUUCACAUAAUAAACAUAAUGAAUUGACAGGAGAUAAUGUGGGUCCACUAAUACUGAAGAAGAAAGAAGUAUAAUAGUAAUGAAUUAGGAUUGAAUUCGGUUGUGUGCUGUAAAAUCUUAUAACAAUAUUUUUUCAUUCUUUGUGUAUAGAGGGUCUUUCAAAUGAUGGUCUUAAUGAUUGCUACUGGUUGAGUAAUUAUUUCUGCCAAUUUAUUUUCUUGCUACACUACUGUUCAUAUUUGAUAUUUUGUAUAUUCAGUCAUUUAUAUAGAGGUUAAAUUGUACACCCCUUUCAUUCUUAAUGUAUCUUCCUGAAUAAAACCAACAGUCGUGGUUUUAACUAACUGAGAAAAAUAUGUUUUUGGUAGUGAGUCCAAAGCUAUUCCUCUGAAUUUCAAUAUUUUCUACAGAAUCUACAAUUAAAGUUUUUCUCCCUAUGUACACUGUUAAAUAUAUUAUUUUUCAGUCCCCUUCUGUUUUGAUCAUUUGAAGUGAUUUUUCCUCUUGGCCUUCCAUUCUCCGUUCUUUUCAGAUCAAUAAGAAAAACACUGCUUUCAAGAAUUACUUGAGUUUUUAAAAAGAUAAAUGCUUUGCUUUAUAAAUACUGUGUCUAAUAAGUGUGAAUAUCCCAAUUUCUGAAAAGACAUGAACUGGAUAUAGAAAGUUCCAAAAAGGAACAGUUACAUGCAUGAUAAAAAACUUGUUUACUUUA